GUUGUGUUCCGUUUGGAGCUGUAUGUCGGCAGUAUGACUUUUUAUCACAUCACAUACGAAGUAGCCGAAAGGUUUAGGUGAAAUAAUCUGAUAACGAGCCACUAGGGUUGCCAACUUUACUAUUGAGGCCAUGUUCUACAUUUCUAGUGAAGCUAGUGAAAUAAUCAACGCUGAACAGUUUGCCUGCAGAAGCUUUAGAUACUAGUACUCUUCGAGGACAUUGUUCGCAAUGAAACCACAGCUCCAAAGUACAGGAAGUUGGUCGAUGAGAUGGAUAAAGUUCUAUUUAUUUAUGAUCAAUGUAAUGUUCGUGUUCACCGCUAUAUUAGUUAUAUCAACCGGAGCUGCGAUUCAAGCCGUCUACAGUGAUUUUAUCAGUUUUAUUGAUGAGAAGUUCUAUUCACCGACGUUUUUGUUCAUUUUCGUGGGCAUGAUAACGUUGGUAAUUGCGAUCUUCGGAUUCAUCGGUACCUUCCGGGAAAGUUCACUCUUGAUUAAUUUUUAUUGUGGCAUAAUUUCAGUCGUGUUCCUACUCGAAGUUAUGGCAACUUUAGUUGGUAUCUAUCAUAGCAAUAAGGCGGACGAAAUUCUGAUGAAUACCAUGACGAAUUCCUUACAGCACUAUCCAUGGAACAGUUACGUGCAAGAUUCAGUGGAUUUUAUGCAGGUUGAGCUGGAGUGCUGUGGAGUAACAAACUACCAAGACUGGGAAACCAUUUUUGCAGUAGUUGAUCUGGAUAGUGGAAAUUUACGAGCCGAACUUCCCACGUCCUGUUGUCUCACCUAUCAUGAGGGCGAAUGUGUGCCCUUUGCUAGUGGAUGCUACUCGAAAAUGUAUUCCCUUCUACAGCACUGCUCACGAACGGUUGUCAGUGGACUAUUGCUUGUAGCAUUUGUGCAGGUAUCGGCGGCUUUGUUCGCAUUUAUGCUUGGUAAGCAAAUAAGACUAUCAAAAAUUAAAUCUACCUUGAACGACAUGAGGCAACCACACGUAACUUAUGAUUUCGAUUAUAAAUGUUUAAAUGAAACUUCGUCCCCGAAACUGAAAAAUCAGCCAUUGUAAUGCGAACACUAGGUUAUAAUCUAUGAUAAAAAAACUAGCGUAAUUUUGUCAAAAUAA